UCAGUCACAAUGCUGUGAAGAGGGUGAAUGGGUGGGGGGCGUUAGGAAAGCAGUAAGUGGGAGUGGAGUCUGACCGCAGAGGGUCCACUGUUUAAGAGAAAGGGAAUUCUGUCUUUUAUUUGGUCUCUCCUUCUCUCUCGCUCUCUUGCUCGUCCAGACCAACAUUCUCUAGCUCUCUCACCCUCUCUCUUUUCUCACUGCCUGCACAACAUCAGCCGGCUCUCUAGGUAGACUCUAGUAAACACUCAAAGAGAGGAGAGAGAAGCAAGAAGAUGGCUAAGCUGUCAGUGCUGUGAGAGGUGCAGACUGCUGAUAAUAGGCUUGGUUGAUAAGCCUGUUCACUCUUUCUUGGGUAAAGAUUCACAAAUCAGAGAAGUCAGUGGCCAUUGUGCCGGAGGUCACAAAAGGACAAUUGGGGGAAAAAUUCUACUCCAUUCUUGGUGCUAGUGGAAGGUCAACAUGGGGACAAAAGGCUUCACCUUGUGCUGCAUGAUAUUGGCCAUGGUCCUACAGCCCUCCACCAGUGGCCUGGUAAAGAAAGUCAUACGACAUCGCAGAGAGGCUCUAAUUCCUAAGAAGAAUCAAGAGAACCUCACCCUGCCAAACCCUGACCAACCAGUUGUUUUCAACCAUGUCUACAACAUCAAUGUUCCCUCCACAUCCCUCUGUUCGGUGGACCUUGAGUCACCUGGUGGCACUGUGCCCCAUCACAAGAAUAGCCCUCUGGAUAUGCAGAACACUGAGCACAUGGAACACACGUUGGAUGGUGACAAUCAGAUCGUCUUCACCCACCGCAUAAAUAUCCCCAAGCAGGCGUGUGGCUGCAACAACCACCCACCUGAUAUCAAAGAAAUCCUGAACAGACUGGAGAUGUUGGAGACAGAACUUUCCAGUCUGAGAGAGCAGUGUGGCAGUGGGGCAGGUUGCUGUGGAGCUCAAGUUGCGGGAGAAGUUGCCACAAAACCAUAUUGUAAUGGCCGUGGGAACUGGAGUGCUGACACAUGCAGUUGUGUAUGUGAGUCAGGGUGGAAAGGCCCCAACUGCACAGAACCUGAAUGCCCCAAUGACUGCCAGGACCAGGGCCGCUGUGUGGACGGGAAAUGUGAAUGCUUCGAAGGCUUCACUGGUGAUGACUGUGGCAUUGAACUAUGCCUGCCGGACUGUGGUGAUUACGGUCAUUGUGUUGAAGGAUCUUGCCUAUGCGAGGAUGGCUUUAUUGGUGAGGACUGCUCCCAGACAAACUGCCUCAAUAACUGUCUGGGUCGUGGACGUUGCAUUGAUGACGAGUGCGUCUGCGAUGAACCGUGGACAGGCUUUGACUGCUCUGAGCUUAUCUGUCCAAACGACUGCUAUGACCGUGGACGCUGUGUCAACGGCACUUGCUUCUGUGAUGACGGAUUCACUGGAGAAGACUGCGGAGAACUCACUUGUCUUGGAAACUGUAACAAUCGUGGUAUGUGUGUGAAGGGAAUGUGUGUGUGCCAGAGUGGCUAUAUUGGUGAGGAUUGCUCCAAGCUCACCUGUCCACAAAACUGCAAUGAGCGAGGGCAUUGCUUCAACGGAAAAUGCAUCUGUGACCCAGGAUUUGAGGGUGAAGAUUGUUCUAUUCUAUCAUGUCCUGAAAAUUGCAGCAACAAAGGCCAGUGUAUAAAUGGAGAGUGUUUAUGUGAUGAAGGAUACCAAGGCGAGGACUGUAGUGAGCUUUCCUGCCCUAACAACUGCCUAGAUCGUGGGCGUUGUGUUAAUGGCCAGUGCAUAUGUGAUAAAGGAUUCACUGGCCAGGACUGCAGCAUCAAGACUUGUCCUAAAGACUGCAUGGGACGUGGGGAGUGUGUGGAUGGCAAGUGUGUGUGCUUCGCUGGUUUCACUGGCAAAGGUUGCGGUGAGCUCACCUGCCCCAAUGACUGUCUUGGUCAUGGACACUGUGUGAACGGCCAAUGUGUUUGUCACAAGGGUUUCACUGGUGAGGACUGCAGUGAAAAGACAUGUCCUAAAAACUGCUUGGACAGAGGAUAUUGCAAUGAUGGCAUAUGCGUAUGCUACGAAGGCUUCACUGGGCUCGAUUGUGCCAUCAUAACCUGCCCUGGAGACUGCCAGAACCAGGGACUCUGUGAUAAUGGAGUUUGUAUCUGCAAUGAAGGUUUCAUUGGGGAAGACUGCUCAGCAGUUUCUCCUCCAAAGGACCUAACUGUGGAAGAGAUCACACCUGAGACAGUGGAUCUGUCUUGGGAUAACGAGAUGCGUGUGACAGAGUACCUCAUCACCUAUGUUCCUACGGCUCCUGGAGGUUUGGAGCUUGAUGUGCGGGUCCCCGGGGACCAGAAGAAGGCCACAAUUAGAGAGCUUGAACCAGGCAUUGAGUACCUGAUCAGCGUCUAUGCAAUUCUCAACAACAAAAGAAGCAUUCCUGUUAGCGCAAGGGUGGCAACACAUCUUCCUGAGCCUGAGGGACUCAAGUUUAAGGCAGUGCGAGAGACAUCUGUUGAGGUGCAAUGGGACCCACUGGAUAUCCCCUUUGAUGGGUGGAACCUUAUCUUCAGGAACACUAAAGAGGAAGACGGUGAGAUUCUGAGCUCCAUCGGCAGUCCAGACACAACCUUUGAACAGUCUGGCUUGGGCCCAGGCCAGGAGUACGAAGUUAAACUGGAAGUUGUUAAAAACAAGAAGCGCGGACCACCUGCCUCCAAGAAUGUUGUCACAAGGAUUGACGCACCGAGCCAGGUGAACAUCCGUGAUGUGACAGACACAACAGCGUUGGUGACAUGGUUCCAGCCUGUGGCCAAUGUGGAUGGGAUCAGCAUCUCUUUUGGGCCUAGCUCCAGCCCUGCUGAUCGCAGUGUGGUUGAACUUUCCUCCACAGACACUCAAUACCAUCUCGGAGGACUCAUCCCAGACACCCAGUAUGAGGUGUCUCUCACAGCCAGGAGAGGAGACCGGUCCAGUGUCCCUGUCUAUGAAUCAUUCCUCACAGACUUGGAUGCCCCCAGGGACCUUCAGAAGCUGGAGCUGACUGAUGAAAGCAUCACUCUGGAGUGGAAAAACAGCCAAGCUCAAGUGGACAACUACCGGAUUAAGUAUGGACCUCUGUCUGGAGGUGAACACCGGGAACUGCUCUUCCCUGCUGGACCCAAAGACACAACACAGGCCAAGAUCAUCGGUCUAAGACCAGGCACAGAGUAUGGAAUGGGAGUGACAGCAGUAAAAGACGAACGGGAGAGUCUACCAACGACCACCAAUGCUGUGACCGCACUGGAUGCGCCGAAGGACCUAACUGUUGUUGAGGUGACAGAGACAACAAUGAUGAUGGAGUGGAGACGGCCACUGGCCAAGCUGGACUCCUACCGACUUGUCUAUGUUUCCGCUGAUGGUCAAAGAGCAGAGGAGGUGGUUCCGGGAGCCUCUGAGUCUCACACAUUGCGAGGCCUGACACCAGGCAUGCUCUAUACCAUCAGCAUCACUGCCGAGAGGGGCCGCAGGACCAGUGCAGCAACCACCAUCUCAGCACCAACAGCGGAGGAGAAGCCUAUUGUGGCUAAUGUCACUGUCAGCGAUGUGUCAUGGGACAGCUUCCUCCUGUCCUGGUCUGCAGAGGAGGGGGCCUUUGAAGCAUUUCUGAUCGAGAUUACAGAUGCAGAGACGGGCGCUGAGUGGCAAAAUCACACUGUGCCCGCCGAUGCUCGCAGCAUUGUCAUCUCUGGCCUAACUCCCUCCACCUGGUACAGAGCCAAUCUGUAUGGGGUCUACCGGGGCCUCCUCUUAGACCCUGUAUUUGCAGACACCAUCACAGAGACUGAACCACAGGUGCAGGCUCUCCAACUGUCGGACAUCACUCCUGAGAGCUUUAAAUUGGUCUGGAUGGCAGAAGACGAUGCUUUCGACACCUUUGUCAUAAUGGUGAGCCAGGCUGAGAGCCCAGAACAACCACAAGAGCUGGUGUUGGGUGGCGAAGAGAGAAGCACAGAAGUGACAAACCUCAGCGACGAUACACAGUACCAAAUUGAAAUAUUUGGACUAAUUUUGGGAAGACGCUCCAAAUCUAUAAUCGAGGGGGUGAGAACAGAUCUGGGUCCUCCCAAAGGAAUACGCUUCUCUGAUGUCACUGACUCAUCUGCUACUGUCCACUGGGUAGUUCCAAGAGCCCGGGUGGACAACUACAGGGUCACAUAUGUGCCGGCUCAUGGGGGAAAUGCCAAGUCUCUGACUGUAGAUGGAUCAAACUCACAGACUGUACUACCCAACCUGAUACCUGGUGUCACCUACGAGGUUACUGUCAUUGCACUUAAGGCUCAAAGGGAGAGCGAGCCUGGGUCUGACAGCGUCACUACUGCUUUAGAUAAACCCCGCGGUCUAACUGCAGUGAAUAUCACAGACACUGAAGCUCUACUUCUCUGGCAGCCCGCCAUCGCUACAGUAGAUGGUUAUGUUAUUACCUACAGUGCAGACUCAGUGGCUCCAGUGAUGGAGCGCGUGUCAGGAAAUGUGGUGGAGUUUGUGAUGACCACACUGGUGCCAGCUACUCGAUAUACUGUAAAGGUCUAUGCCAUAAGGGAUUUGGCCAAAAGCGCAGUCACAACAACAGAAUUUGUCACGGAUGUGGAUGCCCCUCAGGACCUGGCAGCCAGCAACAUCCAGACAGAGUCAGGACUGCUGACUUGGAGGCCACCACGUGCUGAUAUUACUGGAUACAUUCUCAGUUUUGAGUCUACUGAUGGCAUCAUCCGGGAGGUUGUUCUCAGCCCCACUGCAGUUUCCUACAAUAUGAUUCAGCUCAGUGCUUCAACAGAAUAUUCAGUUAGACUGCAGGCCAUUGCAGGGCCAAAGAGAAGCAGAGUCAUCAGCACUGUCUUCACCACAACUGGCGUACUCUACAAAUACCCCAGGGACUGCUCCCAGGCAUUGCUAAAUGGUGACACCACAUCUGGUCUGUACACCAUAUAUCUGGGUGGAGAUGAGAGCCAGCCCCUUCAGGUUUACUGCGACAUGACCACUGAUGGAGGCGGAUGGAUUAUCUUCCUCAAACGCCAAAGUGGAAGACUCGAAUUUUUCCGAAAUUGGAAGAAUUACACAGCUGGCUUUGGGGACUUGAAUGAUGAAUUCUGGCUGGGUUUGUCCAACCUGCAUAAACUCACGGCUGGAGGUCAAUAUGAGCUACGAGUGGACCUUAGGGACAAAGGAGAAACAGCCUAUGCUCAUUACGACAAAUUCUCCGUCUCUGAACCUAGAACACGCUACAAAGUCCAUGUUGGGGGAUACAGUGGAACGGCAGGUGAUUCAAUGACUUAUCACCAUGGUCGUCCAUUUUCCACCUAUGACCAUGACAAUGAUAUCGCUGUUACCAACUGUGCGCUUUCAUACAAGGGUGCUUUCUGGUAUAAAAACUGCCACCGUGUCAACCUCAUGGGAAGAUAUGGUGAUAAUAGUCACAGCAAGGGUGUCAAUUGGUUCCACUGGAAGGGCCACGAGCACUCCAUUGAGUUUGCAGAGAUGAAAAUUAGGCCAUCCAACUUCAGAAACCUGGAAGGGCGGAGGAAACGCUCAUAAAUACAUCGCCUGCAGCAACGACAACAUUGCUACUAUUCUUUAUGGACUCCCCAGCAAACAUCUCAACCCAGACCUAAACCCCUUCCCGUCAUGCAACAACCAAAGCCACUGCCAAGACCCUUGCUGCUUCCAUGCAGAUCAACACACUCUAAAGUUCUCUUACAGGCUGCUUAUAUCCCUUGCUGCCUGUGCCUAAAUGUAUAUGCAUGUUGCAAACUGGACUUAAGUGAAGCCCGAACAGAUUUUGAGUCACUCACCAAAGAGAACAGAAUACAAGAUCUGAUUAUCCAAAUCUCUUGUGUUUGUGGCAUUUGUCAUUAGGCAUGUGUGCAGCUUGGGAAUUACAGUAUGUACAGCAAUUAACUGACCCAUCUCACGAGCCAAGACAUGUUAAACUUGUGGAUUUCACAGUUGUUAAUAAGGUCCACGGUGGGCGAAUCAUAGAAAUGAUUACAACUUUUGAAAAGAGAUAGCACAAGUCAAAUAAAAGACACGCCCUAAGCUCCCCUUCCCCACAUCCGUAUAAAUUGCCAUUUGUUGGUCUUUGUGUGACUAAACUUGUCGUCUCUGUGCCACUUUAUCCUCCCCUGGUUUCCUCACAUCCCUUUACACAAGCUGAUCCAUGAUAGGGUAGGUAUGAAAAGAGAAAAAACAUAUUGGUUGCAAUGUGUUCCACUAAUUUUGGCAACCCCUGAGUCAAUAGCCACUGUAUUGUGCAUUGAAGGUGACAUAUUAUGCUUUUUUUUGUCUCUGAAUUUAAAACCGUUGCUUGAUAAAAACGUCCUUGGUCAAAAUACACAAAUACAAACAAACUUUAUACAUUUCAAAUACUGACGUGCAGCUGUAUUUUAGUCCCACAUUUAGGCAACAUUGCGGAAAAAUUCAGAACUGCUUCCUCACAGACACAUUUUCACGAACGUAUUUGUAUACAAAAACAUACACUUUCCCAUAAUAUGUCCCCUUUAAAACACUAACACACUCCUUCAUAUUAUGAGUUUGAUGAAACCAAGGCAGGACCUUUUAUUGAUUAUAUAUAUUUUUUUCAUACUUGGAAAAAUACGAAUAAAUAGAUCUAGUUGGAAAAAGGAUUUGAUGUAUUGUGACACAAGAGUUGGAUGCUAAAAAUGUAAAAAAAUAAAUAAAUAAAUAAAAAUAAAAAUGGUAAGCUCGAUUUGUUGUUUAAAACGUUUGGAUGAGCCAACCAGAAAUCCAGUAAAUGUUUUCCAGUCCCUCUGUCUCCUGCCAUGGCAGGAUACUAAACCACUGACCAUCAAAAGAAUGCCUGUGUAAAUUUGUUUUGUUCUUAUUGAUUUGUUUGUUUAUAACUGGGUGAACAACAGGUGUUUCUCUGUAAACUGUAUUACAAUAAACAUGUUUGUUUUAAAAAAAAAAAAAGUGAAUUUAAUGAUGAUUUAGCUCCUUAUUAGACUACAGAAAGUUGUUACACAUUGUAGAAUAUGAAUAAACCAUAGAACCACCAUAUAAACCAUUGAUAAUUCUAGAUCAUUAAAGCGCCCCUAAAAUCUUCGCGAAACUAUUGACAAUAGCAGGAGUGAUGCUAUAAUUUAGAAUUCAUUUCUCGAUUUCCUUCUAACACUGGGAAAUAGCAGAUGGACCUUGAUAUACAAUGCUCUUGCACAGAAACGUUCAGCAGCAAUAAUGUUCAUUUUCAGUUUUGUUUUGUUUUUCUUUGAGUCUAUUUCGUCUUUUUUUUUUUUUUUUUUGGUCAUGUACUGCGGGGUAAACGAAAGCAACAUUGUGUCACAGAACACAUACAUAUAAUCACCAUUUAGUUAACGCAGCUGGGAACUCCAUGGGUGCUUAAGAUCACAUUGAAAUCAGAAGACAGUGCACACUGGAUGACACUAAUAGUCUUGCUUUUUACUGUGAUGCUUUUGGAACAAAACAGAACUGUUAUGGAGGCUCGAACUCAACUGGACACUCAAAAAUUUUAGAGGCAAAAAGGGGAGCAAACCGAAACUGGAAAAGAGUCAACACCAAACUCUGCAGCUGACAUGACCUAACGGUGUUCUGUGCAAAGAGCCUAUGAGCUGAAUUUUAGCUGACUGCCCUUCUUACGAAGUGAAGUCCCGGAAGUGUUUGAAAAAAGCCUGCAAUACUGGACAUUGGUCACUGAUGCCUAUGGCUCUUUUGGUUUCAAAUCAGAGCAACUUACAGCCACACUUCAUUCUUAUCUGCCAGAUUUUACCAUAAAAAUAAUUCAGUUUAAAGCCUGGUUUAUUUUAUAAAGUUACUUCUAUAGUAAGUUGUUUAACCAGGCUAAAAUGUCUUCACAUAGACACGUGACAUGAUGUAAAGAGACACUGCAUGGGGCAGCCAGACAACGGAUCUGUUAGGGUACACGGCAGGGGUACACCCCCACUUCUUGGGUUGUUGGGUCUCCCCUCCAUUCUAUUGGCCUGGUAGCAGGAAGAAAGAAACCAGGAUGUUUUUAGCGUAUAUAAAUGUAAUUGGGGUGGGGGGCUGUUCUACUCUGGACUUUUGGGUGACGGGGAUAUUAUUUUGGACCACAAUCAUUAAGUCAUAAUCUACAGUAAUGGUCCGCACCUACCAGUCCAUAGACGGUACCGGUCCACAAGAGAAAUAAAUAAUAAUUUCUCUUUUAAACUCUGCACACACGAGACAACAUCAAGAAUCAAUCAAAUUGCGACACUGUAGUAAAUCAUCGUAUUU